UUUUGUCAUCGACACUGCAUCAGUUGUGUAUCCACACUGGCCUUCUUCUUAACAGAAGGUUAAUUUCGCUUUCAUACAUUCUGCUUUGACCUGGUUAAGUUUCCUUCUGUGAAAAUACCAAGGACACUCCCUACUGCUGUGUUCACAAGGAUCUCUUCCCCAUCACUCUUACAUAAUGGCUGAGGAGUUCUCAGGAACCUGGAAACUCAUUUUUAGUGGAAAUUUUGAUGAAUAUAUGAAAGAACUGGGAGUAAGUUUUGCCCAAAGGAAACAGGGCAGCCUAGGCAAACCCACCAUGAUCAUCGCCACGGACAAAGAUAUUACUACCAUCAGAACAGAAACUGCCUUUAAAGUUACUGAGAUCUCUUUCAGACUGGACCAAGAGUUUAAGGAAAUAACAAUGGAUAACAGGCAUGCCAAGAGCAUUAUAACAAGGGACAACAAUGCUCUGAUUCAAGUGCAGAAGUGGAAUGGCAACCAGACUACCAUCAAAAGACAAUUAGUAAAUGGAAAUAUGGUUUCUGAAUAUACCAUGAAUGAUGUCACCUGUACCAGAGUCUAUGGAAGGGUGUGAAGACACCUCUCCAGUUCAGCUUGUUUACCUGCAGUGUAUUAGUUCGUGAUACAAAUCGUGCAUCCAGAGUACACAUACUGUUUUCAGAGGAUGCUUAUAUAUUCAAAGCACUGGACAGUGGCAUAUCCAGGUGGCAGCUAUCAACACCAGA